AGGGUGGUGGUUUGCCUUUGCGCCUUGCAUUUUCUUAAAGGGGUUUUACACCUUCCACCAUACCCCUUGUUAUUUACUAAGCUGCGUGUCUUACACGCAUUAAUGGAAUCGAUCACGCGAAUUACAGAAUCGAUCUCAAGUUUUUACUCAAGAAGUCAAUUUUUCUCUAACAUUCGCGUUAGCCUCGAGGGGUAAAACGGGGAACCGUUGUGGAUUAUCCACGCAUGCGCACUUGGACACUUUGACCUGCAUAGACGAGUGGCUGUAGCACAGAAGGACGGUAGUAAUGAGUGCCAAAGUGGACUUAGAGGUCCCGGCAGCAGGAGGAGAUGCAGCUGUUGCCGACACCUCCAGUGUCCUGCCGUCUGAUGAGGGCUUGACUGAGAAGUCAUGUUCCCAGACUGCUGCUUCCUUCAUCAUUUCGGCUAACGCUCAUAUUGAACAGAAGGGGGACGUUUCCCACAGUAUGACUGAGACAGUGAAAGGGGGCGUGGCUGGCAAUCUGGAGCCUUCUGUCCUGCCGCCUCAGGUGGGCGGAGCCUGCAGCAUCGUCCACGUGCUGGAGUGGAAGGAAGGAGUAGCAAUAUUACCGGGCAGCAACCUGAAGUUUCGAAUGAACGACACCGGCACCCUUGAAGUGGUGAGUGAUAAGAAGGUGGGCAGUACUGAACCCUUGGCAGAGGUGGCUGCUGGGAGGGAGGAGCCUGCGGACAAGAGGCCAGCCAGAAAAGCAAUAAAACACUGUACCUAUGAACAGAUUUCCCCAUCUCCAGAACACCAGAGCAAAGAUACAAUAGCCCUUGGUCCUAUGAGCAGCUGUGCAGGACAACAGAACCUGUCCAUCAAGGAGGAAUCCAAGGUUCAGGAGCAUUCAGGUCUCUGCGAUGUGGUGGAGAAGAAGAUUUGCCCAGAAGAGCUGCGCCGAGAGUUAGUCAGUAACAAAACUGAGACAGAAGAGUGGAGUUCAAGGAACCAGGCGUCUAUUCUGGACCCAGAGCUGCUGAAGCCAAUGAAAAAGAGGAAGAGAAAAGAAUAUGCAAGUCCAUCAGAAGAAGAGUCUGAGAUGGAGGCUAUGGAGGAGAAAACCGAGGAUGUAAAGUCGUGCAGCUCCGCAGGGGAGAGCCACCUCGACCGGCCCGGUGUGCACACGGAGGUGCUGCCACAGGAUCCCUGGGAACCCCGAGGCCUGAGUGGGACCAAGAAAGAGCUGUGGUUGUGGCCUCAGUUCCUGGAAGACCAGGGGGCCAUCGCUGCCCCCCCCAAGCUCUUCCAGGAGUUCCAAAGGGUUCCACAGUGCAAGAACAACUUCCGCCAAGGCAUGAAGCUGGAAGGCAUAGAUCCCCAGCACCCAUCCAUGUAUUUUGUCCUGACUGUGGCUGAGGUUUGUGGCUACAGGAUGCGGCUCCACUUUGAUGGCUACUCUGAGUGUCACGACUUCUGGGUUAAUGCUAACUGUUCCGACAUCCACCCUCCGGGGUGGUGCGAGAGAACGGGGCACAAGCUCUACACACCCAAAGGGUGUAAGGAAGAGGAGUUCUCUUGGAGUAGCUACUUAAAACUGACAAAAGCACAAGCUGCCCCAGAGGAGCUGUUUGUGAGCUCCGGCAGAAUGGAGACACCAUGCGGCUUUGAGGUGGGAAUGAAGCUGGAGGCUGUAGACCGGAUGAACCCUUCCCUCAUUUGUGUAGCCACGGUGACGGACGUAGUAGAUAGUCGGUUUCUCGUGCACUUCGACAACUGGGACGACACCUAUGACUACUGGUGUGAUGCCACCAGCCCAUACAUCCACCCAAUUGGAUGGUGCAAAGAGAGAGGCCUUCCUCUGACUCCCCCACAAGAUUACCCAGAUCCCGAUAAGUUCUCUUGGGAGAGGUACCUAGAGGAAACAGGCUCUACAGCGGUUUCACCAGAGGCCUUUAAAGUGCGGCCUCCUCAUGGCUUCCAAGUGCAGGUGAAACUGGAGGCUGUGGACAAGAGAAGCCCAGCCCUCAUCCGUGUAGCGACCGUGGAGGAGGUUGACACACAUAGGAUUAAGAUUCACCUUGACGGCUGGAGUCACAUGUACGACGAGUGGAUGGAUGCAGACCACCCAGACCUUCACCCGGCUGGCUGGUGCGAGCACACCGGGCACCCCCUGCAGCCGCCUCUUUGUGAAUCCAGCACCCAGCCACCCGGUCCCAGGGAGCCUCCUGUUUCAGCACAGACAAAUUUUCCUUCUCUGCCCUGCAAAGGAAUAUCUCACUCCAGAAACACCAAGUACAGCUUCCAUCACAGGAAGUGUCCGACCCCGGGCUGUGACGGCUCGGGUCAUGUGACGGGCCGCUUCACGGCACAUCACUGUCUCUCCGGCUGCCCGCUGGCCGAGCGGAACCAGGGCCGGCUGAAGACUGAGCUGUCUGACACCGAGGGCCUGGGCAGCAAACGGAACCUGCUCAUGUUCGGUCCGCGCAACAAGAAAUCACGCUACCAUGGCAGGAUCGGCCGCCCUCCUAAGUACCGGAAGAGCCAGCAGAGGAGCUAUCAGGGUAUGACUGUAGAGGGGGUGUACCCGUCCCUGUUCAUGUCCGCGCUUUCAGCCCAUCCAGACCGCACCGUCUCCCUCUGCUGGGAACAGCACUGCAAGCUGCUGCCAGGUGUGGCCGGCAUUCAUGCCAGCAAGGUGGCCACUUGGACUGUGGAGGAGGUCUUUGGCUUUGUUCAUAACUUGACUGGUUGUGAAGAGCAGGCCCGACUCUUCAGGGAUGAGAUGAUUGAUGGGGAGGCUUUUCUGCUGCUGACACAGGCUGACAUAGUCAAGAUAAUGAGCAUCAAGCUUGGCCCUGCUCUCAAGAUCUAUAAUGCCAUUCUUAUGUUUAAGAGCAUUGACGAAGGCCUCAAGUGAUUUGCCUGUUUUGCGAUGUACCAGUCUAGAAAUCUCUUCGUCUAUGUGUUCGGUGUUCAGUUCAAAAACCAUAAGAGAGACCACCUGAUUGAUUUUUUAUACUUUAUUUUCAAUGAUGUAGUUACAAUAGAAAAACAAGCCUAUUGUCCCCCAGUAAUUUAAUGUUGCUGAAGCGGAUAGUUAGACUGAGCCAUUAAGUAUCAACUUCUGAUCUUGAAGUUGCCAUUCCGCUUGGUAACACACAAACACACAUGCAUAUAUAAAAAACAACAUAAAAGGUAUAUUUUAGUUAAUUGAAACUCCUUUUUUGAAAGCAAAAUUAUUUGAAAAGUGACAUGAACGUAACACGUUUACAUAAAAUUAUUUUGCAAGUGUAUAUCUUGCAUUUAAGAAAACUUGAAGAUUUCAGAUAAUAUAAAUCCCAGUUCGAGGUUUUCAGUGGGACCAAGACUCUCUCUCUAAUGAAUACAAGAUUACAGGCAGUCCCCGGGUUAAGAACGUCCAACUUACAGACAACUCAUAUUUAUGAACGGACUGCCAUAAAGUCUGUUAUAUGAAAAAUUUUGGUUAAAUAUAAUGGCUCAUAAAAAUGAAUGCACACGCUUUGUGACUCUCGUGAAAACGACUGGCUUCAGUGGUUAGUUGGCUCGAGGUACAGAACAGUACUGUAUUACUUUUAUUAUUGCUGUAUUAUUAUGAUUAUUAUUAUGUACUGUAUUAUUAUUUUUCCAACCUAUCUACAAAUUCCACUUAGAGACAGAUUUAGGGAAUGGAUCUCGUUUGUAACCUAGGAACUGCCUGUACAGUGUCAAGGUACAGUAAUUACGUCAAGAAGCCCUUCAGCUUCUCACAACUCAGCACAAGUUCAUUUCAAGCUCUUUGGUUUCUCCAGAAUUUUGAUGUGCAUUUAAAUCCAUUCAAUAAAAUGUAAAGCUGUGCAAAAUA